GGUGGGGCCAGCACGGGGCCCCGGCUGUGGCUGCUGCUUGUCUCCCCCACAGCUGAGCCGGGGGACAGGGGGAGCCCUGUGGACACCCGCCUCCCUGGGAGUCAGGAGGCAGGGACCUCACCCCACAGUCCCCAGGGGGGGUGAGGCCAGGUGGCUGGCAGGGCGGGCUCAGCAGAGGGUGGCUGAAGGCCACCGCCCCGCCCCGGGGACUGGGUAAGCCAUUUACUUGCUUGUCACCUCGUUUCCUCUAAGAGGAGCCCAGAGGACACCCAGGUGGCUCUCCUGGGUCUCACUUUCCAGCUGAGCUGCUCCCCAGCCAUGACCGGGAACACCACGUACGAGGACCCCUAGUUUUGAGGCCCAGGACACAGGACAGAGCCAGCUCCCUGCUGCAGAGACCUGGGUCAAGCCCUGCCCUGAUCCCAGAGCCUGUGGUUGGAGAAAGGGACUCUGCAGCUGGGAUUAAGAGAAGGAGCUGGAGGUGGACAGACGACCCUGGGCCCGCUGGCAUCCACCUCUGACCUCCAGGACUGUGAGAUAAUGAAUGUGUGCCCCGACGGGCGUAGGAGGCUCGCGCAAGCCCCAGCGCGGUUGCAUCAGGGAGUUCCCGUUCCGCAGGGGAGGGAGCCGCGGUCCACCCCCGGGCUGGGGAGUCCCAGCGCCCCGGCCGCUGCCCCCGCACGGAGGAAGCUCUCGGAGGCGCUGGGGCGGGGAGGGGCGCAGGGACCCGGGCGCCGGGACCGGGACCUGCCCGCGGGGUCACAGUGGUUUGUGCUGCUAAAUCCCCUGCGCGCCCCUCUCCAAGGGUUCCCAAGCGGGAUCUACGCUGGGGGGCACCGGCCCGGGGUCUCCUCCUCCUUCCGGUCAGUGGGGGGAUCCCAGGGUGCCCCCCACUCCCGCGGCUCCGGGGUGCAGGCGGCGGGGGGCGCGGAGAGCCGGCCCUGUGCGCCCCGCGGCUGCGCGCCUGCGCCCUGGCCGGAGCCUCCGGGCCUCCGCGGGGAGCGGUUGCCAGGGCAACGCGUUUGCGUCAGCGGCGCCGGCAGGACGCCCGGGCUCCCAGGGCGAAGGGGGCGGGCCCGAAGUCUGGGCCAAUAGGCUUCCAGGGGCCGCGGGGGCGGUGACGUGGGGCGUGGCCGGGGCCCGCCUUCCAACCAAUGGGAUUGUUGUUGUCGGGGGCCUGUCAACAACACAGGCGCCUGCUUCCGGGUUGUGGGGCGCAGGCGGCUCCCGGCCGGACUUCGCCCCUUCCUCUGUCCGGCCCCGCUGCGUGGCUCCAGGCCAGGCCCCCAGCCUCCCCGACCCUCAGUUUCCCCAGAUGCGCAAUAGCAGGACUGCGGGGGGCGGUGCAUGCAGAACCCGCUGCGCCCCCUGGGUACCCCGCCGUUGAUCGGAGGGAGGGAGGGACGGAAUAAUUCCCAAAACUCGCCCCCCGUGCUGGCCCGGGAAAGGUCAGGGCAGGAUCCGCGGGACCCUGCAGCUGGGACUGUCCCCGAGGCCCCGGGGGCUGUGCCCGGAUCUGCCCUCGGGACCCGGGGCCCCUCCCUGGGCUCAGGCCCCCGGAGGAGGGUGGGUGCGCGUCCUCUGUCCGCUGUGACAAGUGACCACAGACGGGCGUAAACAACCCCGUUGACCGUCUUGGGGUUCUGGAGGUCAGAUUGCAAAAUGAGUCCCACAGGGCGACCGUCGAGGGGUGGCCAGGCUGGUUCCUUCCAGAAGCUUCUGGGGAGAAGCCGUUUAGUGCCUUUUCCAGCCUUGAGGAGCUGUCCGAGUUCCUGGGCUCGUGGCCCCCUCCUCCGCAGCCCCUUCCUCUCUCUCUCUCUCUCUUUCUCCUUCUCUGGCUCUAACCUUGACGUCAGGCCCCCCAGUAGCCCAGGGUCAUGUCCCCUUCCCAAGGCCCUUCACGUAACCCCACUUGCAAAGUCCCCUGUGCCGCGUGAGGCACCCUCUCUGCAGGUUCCGGGGAUCAGGACGAGGAUGUUUUGAAGAUCACAGAGGGGCUCAGGCUUCCCCUACGACUCUGAACCCCGACUUUCACCGCAGUGCCUCCUUCCCACUGGGACCCUGGGGACCCCGUCUGCAGCCUACACGGAGUCCAGGCUUCCGUCUUCCUGGGAGACUCAUCCUUCAAGGGAGAUUUUUUAAACAUCUACAUUCCUCGGUGACUUUGAAUUUUUUUUCUAAGAACUUUCUUCAUUCCCAAACAUAUGAGCCCCCAUCUGGGCCUGAACUCAGCCUCUAGGCCACUUGGGGACCCCUGGACCCUGAACCCAUCUAAGCUCCCCUCCCUCGUGUUCUUGUCUUCCAAUCUGGGCCCCUCUUGGGCCCAUGGCCACUCUGCCCUUAGAUGGCACCCCUGGGACACCCGGCCUGGGAUGACCCCCUGGACCUCUCCCCAAGGGGUCUCCAGUCACCCUCUUAUUUGAGGCCUUUCCUCUGAAAUGCCCCUGGGUGCCGUGUCCCAGGCCCCCACUGGCCCUGAGUUGUGUCACAGGUGACACCGUGAGCUCUGCCGUCUCCUCUUUCAUCCCUUAGGUCCAUGUGCUCUCAGGGGUGGUCCCGGGCCCUCGGCUCUUCUCCCAGAAACCAGCAUCUCUCCUAAUUUUAAAAAUCCAGACCUCCUCCUGAUAAACGCAAAAAGACCAGUGGUUUUUCUAAGGAUGGCUGCGUUUAAAAUUACACAUGCCUCGGAAGACAUCCAAGCAGCGACACUUAUUCCGCAAACUUCACAGGCCACCCCCUCUCCCAAAUCUGAUGGUGCCUGGUGGACGCAGAAUGAACUGCCCCCUGCGAUCGGAAGGUUCCAGAACCUCACCCCCGGCCUGCACGCCUGCCCCAGCUCCAGACUGGACAUCCCCAUGUGGGGUCCCAGCCCCACCUGUCCCCGGCACGCGGGAAACCAGCACAGCCCUGCACCCCGGCCGACCCCCCGACAGCAGGUGUCCUGGCCUUCCCGGGCUGUUCCCACACAGCGGCUGGCCACAGGGAAGGCUCCUCAUUUUCCUAUUUUAAAAAUUGGAAAUCUCUCCAUGCGAGGGAAUAUUAUUCGACCGAGAUCCACAUGAGGAUGUGGAGGAACCAUGAAAAGGCGAGGCCGAGUGAGGGGAGCCAGACGGAAAAGGGCAAAUAUCGCACGAGUCUUUUUCUAUGAAAUCUCUGGACGAAGCAAAUUAAAGGAGGCAGGGAGUGGGUUAGAGGCGGCCCGGGCUGGGGGAGGGAUUGCUUCACGGGUGUAAAGUUUCUGUUUGGGGUGAGGCAAACGUUUUGGAAAUAGAUGUGGUGGUGGUUGCACAACACAGUGAAUGUAAUUGAGGCCAUGGCAUUGUGCACUUAAAAAUGGUCAA